AUGGUCCUCCUCUCUGAAGAGUGCGCACGCAUUUUAAAUUGUCCUCUCAAAUCCCUGAGGGAGCAGCUCUUUCACCCAAAAAAUAGAAUUUUAAUUUUGAAAGAGCUUUUGGGGCGCAAAGUACGCACCACAUAUGAGGACAGAAAUGGACAUAUAAAAAUGUUCAAAAUUGGAGGUCUCUCGAAAUAUGGAGCAAAUGUCACUCAAGCUUAUGGGCGCCUCCCUCGUCCUUUCAAUAUUUCUGUGGCUGCUCAUUUUUAUGCACGUCACCGAAUCCGACUCCAACACCCAUUCCUUCAUUGUAUUAUCGAAAGAUUUCCACGCCACAUGGAGAAUCGCUACUACCCUCUUGAACUUCUUGAACUUGUUGAGGAGGAGCAAAGUGAAAGAUCAACUCCGUCGACUCUCAAACCUUUGAUAUUUCGUUGUGGCUCGGAUUCUGAAGAAAAUGAUGAAGAGGAACUUUCGUUGUGCGAACUUAGUCUAGGGUGGUAAAAUACACACACAUCGUUACACGCACACCCUUCUAAUAAAUAUACCAAAAAUAUUUUUUAUCCAAAAUUUCAAUUUUUUGUUAAAUUUUCAUCUUAUAAUUCUUAAUUAUGCUUUUUUACCCCUAAAAGUAAACACUUCUUUUCUUAAAUUCUGCUUUUUCUUUAAAUUGUAACUUCUAUUUAUUAAUAUUGCACUUUUACC